GCUACAGCAAUGGCGCCUACAAUCACUUCAACAGCAGAUUACCCAAAGGAACAUUUGAGUCUGAACCUCAAGAUAAGAAAACCUAUUGUUGAGAAGAUGCGCAGGGAUCGCAUCAACAAAAGUAUUGAGGACCUCAAGGAUCUCCUGGGUCCAAAACUCCUCAACCAGCAGUCUGAAUCCAAGCUGGAGAAAGCUGACAUCCUGGAGAUGACCGUUUGCCUCCUGAGACAACAGCUCCAGCAUAAGACUCUGCUCUCCUCUGAUGCAGUGCACCAGGGAUUCACCACCUGUGCCAAGGAAGAUCUUCACUUCCUGUCAAAAACUCAUGGAACUGUGCUGAACCACUUCCAGACCCAGAAGCCAUCCUCUGAUGAGGACAUGCCAGAUCAAGCCCUGCCUCAGUUUAGUGUGCUGAAUCAGCACACACUGAGCAAAGACAAGAGUCCAGCCAAGAGUGCCCCCUGGAGGCCUUGGUAG